GGUGGUCGAGGCGGCGGAAGGGGUGGCUUUAGAGGCGGUGGUGGUGGAUUCAGGUGCAGGGAGCAUGCCUCCUAUGGGUCUCACAUUUGCAGACAUACAAGCUAUGUCCAGGGACGGAGACGCGUUGUACCCACCGUUGGAUCCUCUGCCAGUUCUCACCGAUUACUCUGCAGACGAGAAACGAAUCUGUGAUCUGCAAACCGGUUUCGUUACCCGUUUACGGCAAUCUGCUUACUAUGUGGUCGAAACGUCGAAAUCAAAUGACUUGGAGCGUUAUUCUGAUAAAUAUCGCCAGAGUCCUGCUUCUCAACCUACACUGAAGCGGAAGGACCUUUAUGCACCCUUUUUUCCCUCAGAGAUAUUCGAGGGCUAUUUUAAUCCGAAAAGAAAACGCAAAGGCCAGUGGAUCAAUGUUCACCUCAUACCGUUACUGAAUGAAUCAACAGUUGAAAAGAAAGGCACCACAAAACGCCUCAAUCUUGAUGACUUAGCGGAGGACGCUGAAGACCAGGAGAAGUCGGGCGAUGAACGCUCAGACGCUGGAUCACAGCCAGUUGACUCCGACUAUGACGUCGAUGAGGAAUAUGACAAUGAUUAUGCGGAGAACUAUUUCGAUAACGGUGAAGGAGACGACAUAGACGGUCUUGGAGACGGCGGCGGCGGAGAUGAUGGCGGUGGCGGAGGUGAUUAUGACUAGGAGAGCACAUCUGUGUACCUCCCUAGUACGAAAGGACCUGCGAUGCAGAGACCUACUUAUAAUCGGCGCUUUCACGGCCCUAUCAUGCUUUGAUGGUGCCGCCUGUGCCUGCCUGACAGCCCCUCUAAAAUGCACGUGUUGCCUUGGACUUGUGCUAGUCAGCGUCCUCUCUUUCAGACUCAAGACCAAAGGGAUAAUCAGUCCAAUCCGAAUGUUUCUUUCGCCGCAUUGUACUCCGUAUCAACCACAUUCAUAUGUGUACAAUACAAUAUGGAUUUCUUGUUACUGAGCGAACCCCAGAGCCGCGCCUGUGUAGUGUGAAAGCUUGGUGCACAAGAUGUCAACAGCUGGAUAGCUCUCAGAUACAUCCACAAAAUACUCGGGGGACCCUCGCAUGUGCGCAGACGUUUCGAGAUCAGAUGUUGCUCCC